AUGAGCCCAAUACCUACUCUUGAACUUAUAACAGAACAUCAGAGUUAUGAACCCAAAAAUAACAAAAGUCCAAUUCUCAACGAGCCCUUCGGAAACAAUGAAUCCCAAGGUAUUUUGUUUAAGUUUAUAGCGGUCCUAACAACCCUAAAUGCUUGUGAACAUCUACAAAUCUACCAUAACACUAGAAAGCUAAACUUUUGGUUUUAAAUCUGUAUAUUAUUAUACAUUAAACCCUGAAAUUUCAGGGAUAUUCCCAGCCGGAGCUCUCGAUGAGAAAAGCUUGGAUGCCAUGCCAGAUUUGGAUACGGUAACCACCACUACUGCAUCGUCGUACCUUCAAUCUCAGGUCUCUACUGCAGACACUCAAGUGGAUUUACAGAGACUUUACAAUCUAAGGUUGCAACAGCUUCACGCGCAAAAUGUUGCGAGAAAUAUGAUGAAUGCAAUCCCUGGAAGAAAGCAAUACAGCCAAGCAGAUUUGGAUGCAGCGGUGCAAGUAAGUAUAAGGUUGGAAAUAAAGGUCGAAUUUUAAGAAACCGAAAAAUAAUUUUGCAUUUAAAAAAAUUAAUAUGCGCCUCAGAAUCACCUGAUGCAAAAUUUUAAGACAAUUUUAGCCACUUUCGUUGUCAAAGACAUUGAGUAGUCGAGUUUGACUUCCACGGUGUUGUGCCGACCUGUAUGUUGACAUGUCUGUUUUCCAAAGUUCCUUGCCAUUUUUUCAAAGAACGUAAAACUCCAAAAUUCGUCUCUGAUCAACUUUCCCAUUCCAUGCCCGCCUACAGUAAUUAAACAUUCUUUCCUUAUUUGUCCCAAAAAUACCCAAAACCCCCGCGAUUUACGGUUUACACCCAUUCCAUUUCUCAAGACAUGUUCUGUAUUUUGUAGCGUCAUUUUAAAUAUUCAAAAUUGACAUUGGAGGUAGUAAUUUUUGACUUGUAGUGUUGAUGAGGAGGUAAUUAUUCAUUGGAUUUCCGAGAAAUGAUGGUUUAUAGUGAAACGAUUGCGCAACCUUUUAAAAUGGUGGUAUUGUGGAAACUUUUCGCAGUUUUUUGUAGGGUUUCUUUUUGAGAAUGUAAUUUUAUAUUUUAAAAAUUGGUUUUUGUAAAGGGGUUUUCUGUAAGACUGUGAGACCUCUGUACAACAAACAGCAAGGUUUUACGAAACUUCUUGUCAUGGUUACGUUACCUUUUCCUUUUUGUUCUCGAAUUACUUUGUGAAAUUGUUGAUUAUAGAUUGAUUUUCUUGCACCAGACUUUGUUGUAGAGGGGUGUCGGUAUAACGAAGACUAACAAGGGAAUGGACUUUAUGUGUAAAUCGAUUUUGGCUUGGGACCUAGUCAGAUCGAAAGGUGUAUGGUAGUCGAUUAUUCACUUGGGGGGAAAUCUCUGCGCGGGGCUUCAAAGCCGAGAAAAUCGGCUUCAAAGUUUGGACGAAAAUCAAAGGAUAGGGAUCCCAGAAAAGGCAGUGGCCGAGUGGUCAGUGCGCUCGCUUUUUGCGCAAAAGGUCGCAAGUUCGAAUCUGCUUCCAUUCAUAACUUUUUUAGACAAAAACUUCUAUUAUUUUUUCCCCUGAAAUCGAUUAUGGAUGCAAGAAGUAUAUUUUAAACGGAACUUUUCCAUUUUCAACGGCUUCGCACCUUCCCUUUACAGUUUUAGAGCGCAGGGCACACCAUCAACCUGAUGUAUUCAAAAACAACUUCCCAUUAUGUUAACUUUUUUUUCUAUACCCUUUUUUUAAAUGUACAGCCGGAUUAUCACGAAGAAAGCAAAAGUAAAAACGAUAAAUGAUUAUUUGAGCUUGGAAAUAUUCGAACCUGCAACCUUUUGCGCAAAAAGCGAGCGCACUGACCACUCGGCCACUGCUUCACACUUUUUGUUGCUCCUUUUCUGGGAUCCCUAUCCUUUGAUUUUCGUCCAAACUUUGAAGCCGAUUUUCUCGGCUUUGAAGCCCCGCGCAGAGAUUUCCCCCCAAGUGAAUAAUCGACUACCACACACCUUUCGAUCUGACUAGGUCCCAAGCCAAAAUCGAUUUACACAUAAAGUCCAUUCCCUUGUAAGCGAGGCAAGUUGCAUGCUAGAGAUUUGAGAACUCUCACUAUCUUACUCCAAAGAGAUCCAACGACACUUUUCUUUAGUAAAGUAUCAGUAAUCGUGCUUAUUAUAUUUUCAGUAACCCCGACAUAGCAGAUUACAAACUAUGUAUAAAAUUUUUCUGUUUGUCUGAUUUUUUGUAACAUAAUAUUCUAAUGUUUGGCAUUUAUCAACUGUAUUACCGUAGAAGUCACACAAAAUAAAUUUACGAUUCACAACUCCAGAAAUAACUUUCUCCACUUUUUUUGGCGGCCCAGAAGCCUCUUACGGUAGUGUCCAAAAAAUGAUUAACUCCCUAUUCGGGGCCGACAGAAACGUGAGCGCGGCCAGAAGCGCUGGAAACACCUGGAUCAGAGUGCUUUCCCGCAUCCCGCAUGCACGAAAGUUCAUUAAUAUUUGUGUUGUUUUCGGGGAGUGAAUACCGUAGAUGCCCCCACAGGUGUUAAUUAAUCGAGUCAUGGCCCAAAAAUUUUUCACAAAAAUUUUAAAUUUCCAUUUCAAAUUUUCAGGACAUACGCAGUGGCCGGAUCGGGACGAGACGAGCCUCCGUUGUGUACGGUAUCCCGCGCUCCACGUUGCGCAACAAGAUUUACAAAUUGGACGGCCUGAGUGGACGAAGAAGUGUCGAGGAGAGUAGCUGGUAAGGAUACUGUAGGGCGUUGAUACUGUAACGGGUUGUAAUGGAGGCCUAGAGAGCCAUAGCGGAAUUAAAGGAUCGUCGUUUAAUUAAAAAAGUUAGGGGUUAUUAGACAGCCAGAAACUUGAUCUUUUUUUCUUCAACAUUGAGAUGGGAAUUUCAGAUAUUUUCUUCCUUGAAAGGAAAUUAUUUCUAUGUUUCUACGGCCCUUUUUUACACUUCUCGUGAUUAUAAGUGGCAGUCGGGCCGGGCCGAAGCUGUCAGGAGAGCCCGGGGCUUUUUCAAAUCAACUCAGGCCCGGCCCGAUUACCACCUAUACUUGUGAUCUUUGUUCAAGUGUCUAUCGACUCAAGUAUGCGUUAUUGGUAGGCGGAUUUCACAGAUUCUCUUUCUGAUUCUUGCUUGUCAUGAAACACCGUUGAAUUGAGUCUUGAAAGCGCGAGCUAAAAGUUUCGCAAAACUUAGUUUUGUCUGGACAGAUGAUCUUUAAAAAACGGAAAAUCUUUGCUUUCACCUUUUCGAAGUGUUGUUUUUGGCAGUUUUUUUUAUGUUUUACAACGGUUGAAGAAAUUUAGUCUUUUUGCAUUGACUUCCCUGCUUUGGUCUUUAUUUCAGUGCAUAUUCUAUCUGCAAUUUGUUUUUUGACAUUCUCUUUUCACUCAAAGAUCACUAUUCUCCUCACAGUGCCCUAAUUUUCCGCAAAGUAUUAUGAAAGUAUGAACUUUGAAGGACCUGCUACCCAACCGGUAAAUUUGUUUUAAAAUUCUAGACUUCGUUGAGAAACAGUUCAAAGUAUCGUAGACUCAAUUUCUCAUUUUUAAACUUUUGUGAAAUAUUUAUUGAAACAGGAGGUGAGAGUUAGACAGUACUGAAACAGUAAUAAAAAUUCCCAAAAAAGAACGUAUAAAUCGUAUAUCAUGUAACUUUUUAGCACUGCAAUGCCGAUUCAAUAUACCGCGCAAACAACAAGUUCAACUAAUCCAACAAGUUCAGCGAUUUUAUCGAUGACUUCUCAGCCUCUCCGGUCACCUGCAGAGAUCAGCCAACUGUAUUAUAACCAACUUGUAAGACUUCAAACUACAGCUCCAUUACUGUCUGAGCAAACCAGCAGUCAAGCUGCUAUUGUACAAGGAUUAUUGUUACGCCAAAUUUAUGCGAGUAACAAGGCGUUCACUCGGAAUGGCAGUGUGCCAAACAUGAAUGUAACGUGUUCACAAAGGAGCUCUCCAAUGGAAAGAGAAACAAAGCCGACCAGGCCGAAGAGAGGGCAAUAUAGGUAAGAGGAAGGGAUCAUAGAUGUGUCAAACCUUAACGAAUUUACUAUAUAUUCACUAUACAUACAUACCACUUGUCAGAUCAAAAGGCUAGCGCUAAGAAUGCGAUGUACAGGUAAGGCAAUGCUCGGCACAAAUUAUCGCAAAGGAUUUUCAAGAUUUUUAAAGCCAUAGGAGAACUGACAACGUACGACCGAAAUUCCUUGAUUUUCCGGCAGCAAAUGUCGAUCAAUAUCUAUGCCGUUCCAAAAAAUUGCUUGAUUAUAUUUAUAUUUUUUAGCAUUGAGAAGCGUUUCCUAUAAGACCAGUAAAGAUAAUUAUGUUUUUAAAAAAAACGGUCCCUAUUCUUUAGCCUCUGUGUUGCAGGCGUUACGAAAAGAGCGCCCUGGAUCGAGCAGUCCAAGCCGUUCGAGCCGGUGAGAUGUCAGUCCAUCGUGCUGGAAGCUUCUUCGGCGUUCCCCAUUCAACCCUCGAAUACAAAGUCAAGGAGAGAGCGAGGAAGCCCGUUCAACAACAGAGCAAUUCCUUUGACAGUGACAAUUCUGAGACCCUUGGAUCGCCGUGUAACAUCUUCCCAACCAGUCCAUUUCUGAUGCCAAAUGUUACGAUGAUGGAUGCAAAUCGACUUCAAGCCUUGAACGACCAUUUUAAACGAGUGCUAAGUGCAAUGGCUCUGAACAAUAUGGGUGUAAUCGGGCAGAUUCAGUAG